AUGGAGCAUGAACUGUCUGCGUCCAUUUGGUCAGCAGCGGGUCUUGUCGGCACAGCAUGUCUUAGUUCAAUCGUGCUAUCGGUGCAACGUCGCUUUUACGCUUCUGACACAGCAACCAGUGGCAGUAUUCGACUAACAGAAGAACAGCCCUCUUCCAGCAGCACCGGCGCUACCAAACCACUCAAGUACGACCAUGUUCGCGACUACACCGUACCCUUUGCAGACAAUACUCGGCUCACUCGCAUCUUAUUUGGCACCAUGGCUAUGACCGCGCUGAGGUUAUAUGAUCUCUACGACGCCGCCUCACAAUUCCCUUCACAUGAAAAAGCAGACAUUUAUAAUAUUAUCUGCAUCGCCAUGAUAUGUAUAGCCUGGUUAUAUGUAUUAGCGCUGACGAUUGUAUCUCGACGCUACCAACUGCCAAACACAUGGGGCUUUAUGCUUAAUAUUCAUCUGUUUGUCUAUUACAUGACAUCAUUAUUUGUAUCACUCUACUGUCUAUGGGAUGCAUUCCGAGUACACCAUCGUCAACUGACAUUGGCUCAAGGAUUACCACUGGUCCUUGACAUCUUGUUUUCGCUCGACUUAUUUUAUACCACUGGAUCAAUAGAGCAAGGUCCUCCCUUUUUAGACAUGGAAGGCCAUGACAAAGACAAAAAGCCUGCACCCGUGGCUGGUAUCACAGUCGCUUCUAUCUUUAGCUUCUUGUACUUUAACUGGGGAACACCGAUUGUGUUGGGCGUCUACAAUAAUGCAAAGGAUAUUCAUCUCCCAAGCUUACCACCAACGUAUCGCGGCUAUAACCUCUACUAUAUAUUUGGAGCAGAAAGAGACCGAUCCUUGAUCCACCGCUUGAUUCAUGCCAAUUUGCCUGCCCUUAUAUUGCAGGCCAUCACCACUGCUAUUUCAGCUGCUUUAUACUACGGUCCUGCGUACUUUCUCAAUAAGCUGCUGAAUCUGAUACAAGAGAUUGAUGCUGGUGAACAGGACGAAUUUUACCUAAUCAAGGGCGUGAUGAUUGUCUCUGGGCUUUCCUUGUCUCUGAUGAUUCUUAGUAUCGUCGUGGGCCAACUGUAUUAUUGGGGCUCUUCUUCAUUGCGUGUCAAGGUAAAGUCCAUGCUCAAUAUCGAGCUCUAUCGUAAAACACUUCGCCGUAUGGGAACUGCAGAUAUGCAUCGCGAUGCCAAGGAAGAGGAGGAGGAUGAAGUGCCCAAAACAGCAGCAGCAGCAGCAGCUGAAGCAGCCAACAAGAACAACACGGCAGCAGAGGAGAGACAAAUCAAUACUAUUGGUACCAUUGUCAAUUUGAUGAGCACAGAUUCACAACGUAUAUCUGACUUUACCACUUCCUGGUUUGUCAUUAUCGAGUCUCCCAUUGAGCUCUUUGUUGGCAUCUCCUUCUUAUACUCUUUGCUUGGAUCAUCGUGCUUGCUGGGCUUGUCUGUCAUGAUCGUUACAUUGCCGCUCAAUCACUACAACUCCCUCAUGUUUGCAAGAACACAAGAAAAGCUCAUGGAGGCUCGUGAUAAGCGUGUGUCAUUGAUGAAUGAAGUACUGCAAGGCAUUCGACAGAUCAAGUUUUUCGCCUGGGAGUCCAAUUGGGAAAAGCGAGUGUUGGAAGCAAGAGAUGAGGAAAUCAAGCAUUUGCGCACCACAUUUCUCAGCGAAGUACUGUUUAAUUUCUUGUGGCAAGGGACGCCCUUGUUGGUCACUAUUGUCACUUUUUUUACAUUCACCAAAAUUCAAGGACAAGAACUGACAGCACCCAUUGCAUUCACAGCCAUUACUGUGUUUACCGAAUUGAGAUCUGCAUUGAACAGUUUACCAGAAACAUUUGUUGAUACACUGCAAGCACUGAUUAGUGUGCGUCGUAUCGAAUCCUACUUGGACGAGGAAGAAAUUUCGCCCCCAACCACCAACCUAGAUCCCAACUGCCGAGUGAGAAUUGGCUUUCGCAAUGCCACUGUAUCAUGGGUAGACGUUUUAAGUGAUGAUGAGAAUGAGGAGGACGAUGAGGAGGACGACGCGAAUAACACCACAGCUGUCAACAGCAGCGCCAACAACAGUCUGCAGAUACCUCGAUCCACAUCCACGUAUACGUUCCAAUCCACCACACCAGCACCCUCCACUUAUGAAGAAGCAGAUACAUUCGUUCUGCACAACCUGGAUGCUCAUUUUCCCAACGGCAAAUUCAGCAUCAUUUGUGGCGCUACGGGAUCCGGCAAGACGCUGAUGAUGCUGAGUUUACUUGGUGAAACUGUCUUGUUGGAAGGAGAAAGCUUCUGUCCUCGCACAGCAGUAUCAGACACAUUGGAGGCAGACGUGGAAAUACCAGCUAACAUCACACGCAAGGACUGGAUCUUGGACCAUGCUGUUGCUUAUGUCUCUCAGACAGCUUGGUUGAGAAAUGCAUCCAUUCGUGAUAACAUCUUGUUUGGCCUACCUUAUAUAGAAAAACGAUACAAGGAAACCAUGUACGCUUGUGCUCUGGAUAAGGACAUGAAUAACUUGGAUGACGGUGAUGCAACUGAAGUAGGUGAAAAGGGUAUUACACUGUCAGGCGGGCAGAGAGCUCGUGUUGCGCUUGCCAGAGCUGUGUAUUCCAGAGCUAGAAAUGUGCUGAUGGAUGAUGUGUUGAGUGCUGUGGAUGCUCACACUGCUAGACAUUUGCACGAUAAAUGCCUCGUAGGCCCACUAAUGGAGGGUCGUACUCGUAUUCUCAUCACACAUCAUGUCGGACUCUGUAUUCAAAAAGCAUCGUAUGUAGUUCACCUCGAACACGGUCGCAUCAACCUAUGUGGAUCUCCUCAGGAAUUGGAAACACAAGGCACUCUGGAGAGUAUUUUAGACGAUGUCGUAGCACCUACAGGCGACGAGGAGCCCGACACCAUUGAAGAAGAAGUCCAACAGCUUGACCCUGAACUGAUGAAGCCUGCUGAUUCCCAGAUACCCAUAGCAGAUCACAACGCAGCGCCCAAACAGCUGAUUAAAGAAGAGACUCGCAAUGUCGGCCACAUCAACAGUAGACUGUACAAGCUGUAUUUCAAUGCCUUAGGCGGCUCUGUUUAUUGGGUAAUUGUAUUUGCAUUCAUCUUUGGUUCUCGUGCUUUGGAUGUAGCAGAAAGCUGGUGGAUUAAGAAAUGGGUGGCAUCGAAUGAGCCUACUAAUAGCAUUCUCAACACUACUAUGAGCAUCAUGGAGAAAGCGCACUACUAUUUUAUGCAACAACAAGUAACAUCACCUAAAUCAGUCGUAGAUGGCGAUGUGGCCACAUUCAGGCCUGCUGCUCACAGCAGAAGCUUUGGCUUGUUUUCCACUACGGAAGGAAGCGAUCAACUGGAUAUGUACCUGACCAUCUAUAUCCUGAUCACCAUGACAAACAUUGUUGUGGGCGCAGGUCGAUUUGCCUCUCUCUACUACGGUACACUCAGAGCGAGCAAGAAGCUCUAUCAACAGCUCUUGCAACGUGUGUUGCGUGCACCUAUGCGGUUUUUUGAUACAACACCUGUAGGCCGUAUUCUCAACAGAUUCUCAAAGGAUUUCGAAUAUAUUGAUUCCGGUGUUCCCAAUGACUUGAUGUACUUUUUGAUUCAAUGGCUGAUCAUUAUCUCUGCCAUCAUGACCGUGUGUACAGUACUUCCUGCGUUUGUAAUCCCCAUGGCCAUGGUCACCUUUUUGAAUGUGGUGAUAGGAAAACGGUUCAGUGCUGCGUCCAGAGAACUGCGUCGUAUGGAUUCUGUUACUCGAUCUCCUUUAUUCACACAUUUUGGUGAGACUUUGGUGGGUGUAGCAACGAUUCGUGCGUACGGUGUUACGCGUCAAUUCAUGAAUGAAAUGCUGCGUCGAGUGGAUGAGAACGCAAGACCCUUUUACUAUGUUUGGAUUGCCAAUCGAUGGGUGGGUGUUCGAUUCUCUUUCCUAGGUGCUGCUGUCAACUUCUGCACGGGUAUAUUCAUUCUGCUUAGUCUCAGUUACAUGGAUGCUUCGCUGGCAGGCUUCUGCUUGAGUUUUGUCUUGUCCUAUACUUCUCAGAUGACAAUGGCCAUCAAACGAUACACUCGACUCGAAAUGAGCUUUAAUGCUGUAGAAAGGGUAGUUGAAUUCAUGGAAAUUGAGCAAGAAUCGCCUGCAAUCACAGCGUUGAGGACGCCUCCUCACUGGCCAGUGGAAGGCAAAAUCAAUGUCAAGGACCUUGAAGUGCGUUAUGCCCCUGAUUUGGAUCCUGUCUUAAAGGGCCUCACGUUUACUGUGGAUGCCAGAGAAAAAGUGGGCGUGGUGGGUCGAACAGGCAGUGGUAAAUCGACACUUGCGCUCUCUUUCUUCCGAUUCGUGGAGCCUACAGAGGGCAAUAUUCUGAUUGAUGGCAUCGAUAUCUGUCAAAUUGGAACACAAGAUCUUCGCAGCAACCUCACCAUCAUCCCACAAGAUCCAGUCUUAUUUUCAGGUACACUUCGGUCCAAUCUAGAUCCCUUCCAGGAGUUUGACGAGGAAAGUAUCAUGGCAGCAUUGAAACGUGUGGAACUGUUGCCCUCAGAUGACGAUGUGGAUGUACCAGAACAAGGCGAUAGUCAUUCUAGAGAGGAUCUCCUAUUGACAUCCAACGUGUUCACCGAUUUAGAAUCGCCUGUCAGUGAAGGAGGCCAAAACUUUUCUCAAGGCCAGAGACAAUUGAUCUGUCUCGCUCGUGCUUUGCUGAAGAGAAACCGUAUUGUAUUGAUGGAUGAAGCCACUGCUAGUGUUGAUUUUGAAACGGAUGAAGCAAUUCAAAAGACGAUUGCCACUGAAUUUGCUGACUGCACCAUCUUGUGUAUUGCACAUCGUCUUCGCACUGUGAUAGAGUAUGACAAAAUUUUGGUGCUGGAUCAAGGUGAGAUUGCAGAGUUUGCAAGUCCUUUAGAACUCUUGAAUACGCCUGAUUCCAUAUUCAACAAGAUGUGUGAAAAUUCAGGUGAAUACGAAGCACUUGUUGCUUUAGCCAAAGAGAAGCAUGAGCUUGUAGAUGUCUUGUAA